UGUGUUGACGCCCGAAAUUUUUGUUAUUCCGUCGUACACACACGUACCAACGUUGGUGUAUACGCGAAGGCGAAAUUGUCUUCCGUGCUUUAAACGUUGGCCGUGUGUAGUAAACAAUUUAAUUUAUUUUAUUUUCGUAUUUAUUUCCACGACGUCGUUCGAACUAGCGGGCAACUCCGUACGCACGGGAACCGUCGCAUCGCACUACCGCCUAACCCGCGUUUCGAUUCAUCCGCUGCCGACGCUGUUCUUGUUUUUUCAUCCUACGUUCUUGAACACGUUCCGCCAUUUUAACGACGUUCCUGUCGCACCGGGUUGGUGGCUGUCGCUGUACAGUAGCUCAAUCGUGUUCCAUUGUGUGUGCUACGAACUACGGCAACGGAGGAGACGGUGACAGAGCUUUCGAGCACAGACGACUUGGAGAUUGUGUGACCGCAACAGAAUAACAUGCAGACCAUUAAGUGUGUGGUCGUUGGCGACGGUGCCGUCGGUAAGACUUGUCUGCUCAUAUCAUAUACGACCAACAAGUUUCCUUCAGAAUACGUACCAACUGUUUUUGAUAAUUAUGCCGUAACAGUAAUGAUUGGAGGAGAACCAUAUACAUUAGGAUUAUUUGACACAGCAGGUCAGGAAGAUUAUGAUCGUCUCAGACCUUUAAGUUAUCCUCAGACUGAUGUGUUUCUUGUUUGUUUCUCUGUGGUAUCACCAUCUUCAUUUGAAAAUGUUAAAGAAAAGUGGGUUCCAGAAAUUACACAUCACUGUCAGAAAACACCAUUCCUGUUAGUUGGCACACAAAUAGAUCUUAGAGAAGAUGCCACGACUGUAGAGAAACUAGCUAAAAACAAACAGAAGUCAAUAUCUUUUGAACAAGGUGAAAAGCUUGCUAAAGAACUUAAAGCUGUGAAAUAUGUCGAAUGCUCAGCAUUAACACAAAAAGGAUUAAAAAAUGUAUUCGAUGAAGCUAUUCUUGCAGCUUUAGAACCUCCAGAACCAAUUAAGAAGAGGAAGUGUGCUAUAUUAUAAAGUUGCGGACAAAUAAACAGGUGCGACAAUUAUGUCAUAAAAAUAUUUAAAAUUAAAAAAUUAAAUCAUGAUUUAGCAUGGAUACAAUAAUGAAAUAAUAAUUAUUUUGUUUUUACUAAUCUAUAAAUAUAUAUAUAUAUAUAAAAAUAAUUUAUUUUAUAUUUUACAUGAAGUAUGUGCAUUCAGUGUACAUUAAUAUUGAAUAAUAAAUAAAUAGGUUUUUUAUACACCAUAAA